UGCUCUAUUUGUUUACCCUACAGAAUAUCUUUGCAUCUGGUGACAUUAUGUUAACAACAUGAUCUAUAAUAUUGAAAAUAUCAGUUGUACCAGUAUAUUGGAAGAUAUUCUUAAAACAAGUGAGGCAGCAUUAAGUCAAAUUAUGUCACACCGCUGGCUCUUUAAUGCUCAACACAUUCCCUUCUCUCCUGUUCUACUCUGCUAUAUUUCUGUCUGCUGCUCUUGUUUCGCGUCCCCACACAGAGCCCGGACUGUGCCUGCAGCUGGCUUUAAAGCAGCUGUCACCAGGGGUUCGGGUGGAGCCAUGCAGCUCUGCCGUGCUGCAGUUUAGUGUGGAAGAAAUUGGCCAGCUCGUCCCUCUCUUGCCCAACCCCUGUACCCCCAUCAGCACCACACGCUGGCAGACAGAAGACCUGGAUGGCAACAAGGUUCUCUUCCAGGUGAAAACCCCAGCUCAACCUCAGCGACCUCUGACCUGCGCUUUCCCCCUGACAUGUCCCAGCGUGUCCCCUCGAGGAAUGCAGCUCAGGAGCUCAGGCCACAGCCUGUCACCCUGCAGCUUCACAAUGCCCCUGCCUUGGCAAACUCACAGGCAAAGCCACAGACCGCGCAGUGACCCUGUCCUGGAGAAGCUUUAUGGAGGAGGUGGUGGAGCAGAGAGUCUGGGAUCAGGAAGCUGCUGCAGCACCCCUCCAGGCAGCUCCUGUUACUCAUCCCAGCGCAGCAGCCCUGCUCUGCCCUCAACCACCAAUCACCCUGACUCUCCUCUGCGCCCCUCCAUCACCCGUUCUCUCUCCCAUCUCCUUCUGGAGGAGGAGGAGGAGGAAGCAGAGACCAACGUAGACACAGGAGUGCCCGUCUCACCUCGCUCUGACAAAGCAGUCAAAACAAUUGCUCGCUCUUCCUCCAUGGACCUUUUGAUGACUCUCUGCUCUGAGAGACCUGCAGCUGUUGGGGCUUCUGCUGGUGAGGGACUGGCCAAGGAGCUGAUUGAAUGUCUGCCACAGACAAGCACACACCCUCAGGGCCCCUCCAAGACAUGGGGCUCCGCUGGUUCUGCUGAUACAACCAGGAAGGGCUGUGGCAGCAGGACUGUGGCAGCAGGACAAAGCCCCUCCAAAGGGGCCGUGGUGGAGAACAGAACUACUGCUGAGUUGCUGUCAGCACGCACAAACAAAGAGGAGCCAGUCGAUGAGUUCUUCAUCUAAAUCGCUGCCACUGCGUCAUGCUGUGGUAAUGAUCACAAGAGGAGAAACCCUUUAAGAGGAUGAUCUGAAGUCAUGCAGGAGGACACAGGUGUGUAGUCUGACAAAGGGGCAGUGCUCUGGGAUACAGAAGAAGCCAAAGUUCAGCUGCAGGUGAGACUCAGAAGUAAAUUGGUGUCUGUAUUUCCACAAUAUACAGUACCCACCUGCCAAGAGAAUGGUUCAAGAUGAGGCAGUGCAGGUAAUAAUAAUAAUAUUUUGAAGGUUUCAAUUACAUUGCAUUUAGAUCCGUCCAACUAAUGAUUCGUGCAGCUAUUGUGCUAUAAUAUAGCCCUAUAAAAAGCAAAACAUGAAGGAAACGCUCUGUAUUAAGCGUUACUAUCAGGGUACUAGUGCCACUCUGGGUUUCUGUAUGUUGUAUGUGUGGGUUUAAUUGCCUUUGAAAGAGAAAAAAGAUGAUCUCCGUGUGAAGUCGCUCUCUGAUGUCACUGAUUUCGUCCAGUUGCUCUCCACAGUGCAGCACUGUCAGUCUGUGUUACAGGUAUGAAACCUUCACAUAGUAAAAGUAUAGCCUAGUGGCUUUUGAUUACAUUUGUUUAAAUGCACUUGAAAGGAUCCUUGUUUAACACAUUUUAAAUUUUGUGUGUUAAAAUGUAUGUAAGUGGUGGACUAGACCGGGCCAAAUUACUGCAUUGAAGAGGACUGAAAUUUGUCACAUAAUUCUUUUUUUUCUUCAGAUAGCCUAAACCAGAUGUUCUAAAUAACUACUUAAAGAGAUCAUUAGGGCAUUUUUUUGUAUUUUUUUUUAUAUUUAUUUUAUUUUUUUUUUUAAUAAUAAUAAUGUAGUCAUUAGAAUGUAAGGUGUUUCAAACAACCCAAAUGGGUCCUGAGACCUCAGAAAUGUUAAUUACUGUAAGUAAUGCCACAGUAAGCUGAGAGAUCAGCAGACAGAUUAACUUAAGUGAAAAUUAAAAAAUUAAAAUUAGCAAGUUUACCAUAUAUUGGACUUACCAGUUACAGAUGUUAGUCAAAUCCACAACAUUUUUGCACUGUGCUCAUGAUUUAAUUUUAGUUACAGACUGAUACAAAUCUAUAUUUUUAUUAUGUGAGGGCAGUGAAAGGACACUGUCUUCCGCUCUGCUGACAUUCUCCAUCAGCAGUACAUUUUGUAAAGUCGCCAAAAGUUAAUGAGCAAACUCAUGCAACACCAUCCAGUAGACUAAAACAUACAGUUAUGGCGAUGGACCUUCUAAAUUUAACCCACUAACAGAUAAACCUGAAAUCUGUAUUCACUUGUGUUUCUUUAUGGCCAGUAUUUGAUAAAAUGUAUAUGAUUUAAGGUUAUGAGCGGCUCCUGUUGGGCUGCUCACUGGCUGACAGGACACUGUGGGUUUGCAGGGCAGCUCAGAGGUGUGAAUGUGUUGAACUGUUUACUGUAAAUGGGCGUUACUGGAAAAAAAAAAAAUGCUCAGUCAGAGAGCGUCAACUGUGAGGCUCCUUAGAAAUGUCUUAAUAAAAGUAUUAAAAUAUACAUGAAUAAAACAGA